AUGUCGUUCCAAAAACAGUAUGAAUCUCUUCGCAUACCACUAGCUGAUAUAAUAUCAGCUACCAAGAACUUUGCAGAUGACCAUUUGAUCGGGGGAGGAGGAUUUGGAAAGGUGUUCCAGGCAAUACUCAGUUCGAGGGGAGAUACCAAGGUGGCUGUAAAAGUUUUAGAUCGUGCAUUUGGUCAAGGAGACUCUGAGUUUUGGAAGGAGGUCAUGACGCUUUCAGAGUAUCAACAUAAAAAUAUUAUCACUCUCCUAGGGUUUUGUGAUGAGGAAGACCAUAAGAUCCUUGUAUACAAAUAUGCAUCUGGGAAAGGUCUUGACGUGCAUCUCGACAACAAGGAGUUAACGUGGGCUCAACGCCUGAGAAUAUGCAUAGGUGCGGCGCGUGGACUCGCAUACCUUCAUAAUCCUGCCGGUGGCCAACAAAGACUAAUUCAUCGCGACGUUAAGAGUUCCAACAUCUUAUUAGAAGAAGACUGGAAUGCCAUAAUUGCAGAUUUUGGUUUAUCUAAAUUUGCUCCUGCUAACCAGAAAAACACAUUUGUUAUCACCAAUAAUACUGUAGGCACACUUGGGUAUGCUGAUCCACAAUAUAUACAGGAUGGAGUGUUAACUAAGAAGUCGGACGUUUACUCUUUUGGUGUGGUGUUGUGUGAAGUUUUGUGUGGUAGGUUGUGUCUUGCUGGGGGUCAAUGUCUUCCUAGAUUGGUACCAAUGCAUAUCAAACAGAAAAACCUAAAUGAAAUCGUUUGGGGUAACAUAAAGGAUGAAAUACAUCCCAAAGCUUUGCAGGUGUUUUCAAAAAUUGUUUAUCAAUGUUUGAAAAGAUACCACGAGAAACGUCCAAAUAUGGAAGAGAUUGUGAGAGAACUUGAAACGUGCCUUAAAUUACAAGAGGCUUUUGAUCAGGCUAACGAACCAAAGUCAAUACAAAUAAGCACCCUUCUGAGUUUCAAGGAAAUCUGUCCCCCCGGAGGAAGCAAUUUGGUAAUUCUAUACACAACAAGUGUCAAAGUCAUCCAAAAGACGUCCAAAGAUUGCUUUAGUGUUCGUGCUUUACUCAAAAGUUUAAAGGUUUUAUACCAAGAAAGGGAUAUAUCGAUGCACUCGGAUUUCAAAGAUGAACUAUGGCAGAUGUUGGGCAAAUCAGGAGCAGUCCCAACACUGUUUAUAAAGGGUAGGUACAUUGGGGGAGCAGAGGAAGUUUUCCGGUUGAAUGAACAGGGAAUAUUCCGGCCACUUCUGGCUGAUAUACCAUUAAAAAGUUUAGAAGAUCCAUGCAAAAGGUGUGAUGGAGUUCGGUUUGUGGUGUGUCAUAAGUGUAACGGUAGCAAUAUUCUGAAAUCUGUCAAUGGCGGCCGAACAACAUGUACUGAAUGUAACAGCAAUGGGUUGAUCAAAUGUCCCAUUUGCUUUUAAAUAUACGUAAUUUGGUUUGUGUGUUGUAGAUGUUUGCCAUUAUAUAUAGAGACACAAUCUUUUGCUACCCAAAAGAUUGCUGCGAAGCCAUGAAUUUUUUCGUGUG